AAAGCAGAUGGAAACGCGGUUUCUGAGUCAAAGUCUACCUUCGAAGUAUGAUAAAGUCUUGAAGCCAUUCUCUGAAAGGGAAAAAUGUGGUCCUUCUGUACUUAUUUAUGUUUUGAGUCGGUGUUGUUAAAUAUCAAUAUAUAACUUUUACAGUUCCGAUUCAAACUGAAUGAGAAAGAGUUUGGACAUGAUGUGGCCAGAGGUAGCAGUGUUGCUCUUACUUCUAGUCCAGACAAGUCACGCUGGUUGUCUUCCUUCUUCGUGUGGCAAAAUCAGCAACAUCACUUAUCCAUUUCGAUUAAAAGGCGACCCAGAGAAGUGUGGGGACGAAAGGUAUGAGGUUGGUUGUGAGAAUAAUGUUACGGUGUUGUAUCUGCACUCUGCAAAAUACCAUGUUCAGGCAAUCAACUACAACAACUACACAGUGAGAGUGGUUGAUCCUGCACUUCAACUCCAUAAAUGCUCCUCUCUUCCUCUCCGCUCCCUCUCUCGCUCCAAUUUCUCUCAUACUUACACUUACACUUACACUUACACUUACUCUUCGGAUCCAUACCAAGCCGGUCUAAGUUCAUAUGGAAAUUGGGAAUCUCUGAUUUUCGAGCACAUAGUGUUUGUGAAUUGUAAGCAUACAGUGAGAGAGAAUGGGAAGUAUGUGAAAACAGAAGAGUGCGUGAAGUGGGACUCAAAGGGCUAUGCAUAUGCUGUUGUUGGUGACCUAAAAGCAGAGGACUUGGAAGUUGGGUGUGACAUAAAGCUUGUUGUUCCAACAUCUCUGAGGAGUUUGAAUAACCAUUCCUACACUUCCAUGCACUGGAGCUUGGCCUAUGGAUUUGAGAUUUCUUGGAUAAACCUCGCCUGCCAGACACAUAACUUUUGUCCAGAUGGAUUCUGCUAUUUCGACUCUGCGAGCCAGAAACUGGACUGCCGACGCGGACCAUUUCCACAUUCACUUUACGGUAGCAUACUUGAGGUGCUGAAAUUCUAUGUAUCUCACCCGGACGAGUUUGUAAGAGAUAUUCUCUUACUUGUUUCUCAGGUAUGGGCAUGCAAAGUUUUGUUUGGAAUGCCAUUCUUAAUUGGGAUUUUGAUAUAUAAAUGGAAGAAAAGACAUGCAUCAACGUAUGGAAAUAUUGAAAAUUACCUUGAACAAAAUAACUUGGCACCUAUUAGAUACUCAUAUAAGGAAAUCAAGAAGAUGGCAAGUGGUUUCAAAGAAAAGUUAGGUCAGGGAGGAUUUGGCUCUGUCUUUAAGGGAAAGUUGUGUAGUGGACCUUUUGUGGCAAUCAAAAUGUUAGACAAAUCAAAAGGAAAUGGGCAAGAUUUUAUUAGUGAAGUUGCAACUAUUGGAAGAAUAUGUCAUCAAAAUGUGGUACGAUUAAUUGGAUUUUGUGUUCGUGGUUCAAAACGUGCUCUUGUAUAUGAAUUCAUGCACAAUGGAUCUCUUGAUAAACUUAUUUUUUCAAAAGAUGGAAGUGCACCUUUAAGUUAUGAAAAAAUGUAUAAUAUAUCAAUUGGAGUGGCUCGUGGGAUUGCUUAUCUCCACCAUGGGUGUGAGAUGCAAAUUUUGCAUUUUGACAUCAAACCCCAUAACAUCUUACUAGAUGAAAACUUCAUCCCAAAGGUGUCGGACUUUGGAUUGGCAAAGUUAUAUCCAAUAGAUAAUAGCAUCGUCACAAUGACUGUGGCAAGAGGAACCAUUGGAUAUAUGGCUCCAGAAUUGUUUUACAAUAAUAUUGGAGGAAUAUCCCAUAAGGCUGAUGUUUAUAGCUUUGGAAUGCUUUUGAUGGAAAUGACUAGUAAGAGGAAGAAUCUAAAUCCCCAUGCAGACCGCUCAAGUCAACUUUACUUUCCCCUUUGGAUCUAUGAUCACAUUAGGGAAGAGGAAGAUAUAGAUAUUGAAGAUGUGACAGAAGAGGAAAAGAAAAUAGCAAAGAAGAUGAUCAUAGUAGCUCUAUGGUGUAUACAAUUGAAACCAAAGGAUCGUCCAUCAAUGAAUAAAGUAGUGGAAAUGCUUGAAGGAGACAUUAAAGACUUGGAAAUACCUCCAAAGCCUGCUUUAUUUCCAGAUGAAAUGAUUGUAGAGGACCACACAGUCAACUCUAUCCAAACAAUUUCAAGUGAAUUCAUUUAACCGUUAUUUAAAUUAAGAUGGUUACCAUAUGUGAUGGUCAUGGAAUUCCAUGAAAAAAAUGGAGAGUGCACUAGAUUACAUUAAAAAGAAAAAGAGAAACAAGGUGAUU